AUGAGUAAUCGUUCCAAGAGGGACACAAACAAGAUCAACUACAAGAAACUGAACGAUUCAGGGAUGGCAGACGUGGGCGAACAUAAUUUAAAAAUAGAAAAGUCGACCGAAGUAACCCAGUUAGAGGCUACAGCAGAAGUACAUGUAAACAAAAAUGGCGUCCUACAGUUGCUCGAGGACGAUGAAAUCGAUGAAGACGAGCUUUCGCACAUGAAGGAAGAAAUUGAAAAUCUAAAGAUACAAGAAGAACAACUGCGCAAAAAACAGGACUUUCAUGAAACAAAAAAGCAGCUGGAAAAACAGAAGGCGAAGAUCGAAUCCCUGAAGGACAGACAGAUGGGUCAACUUGGUGAGGAAUUGAGAGCUUCAAAUAGACGAGCUUUUGCUGAGGGAUCCAGGAAAAAUUUGAAGAUCCAGUGGGAAUCAUUUCUGUUGUUUUGCUUACAUUUUGGAAAUCAGAAUAGACUGAUUCAUUGUGCAGUCAUGUAAAGGCAGUAGGUAAGAAACUGCAUGUUGUCGUUAGAUGUUUAUAUAUGAUCAGUUCUAUAGGUUGUCUGUCAUUGCUGCUUUAGUUUGCACGCUUUAUAUUAUUUCAGUAAUUGAAUGGACACGCUUAUUAUGUGCUAUUGUUUGAUUGUGUUGCUUUUAUUGUAUUGUUUGUUUGUGUGUGUUUGGCAUUAUGUUGGCUUUUGCAUGAAUAUUCUAUGAAUUAUUACAUGUGACUUAUAAUUGUCUUAAAUGAAAUUGUAUGUAUGAUCAAAUUAUCUAUUUGAUUUACAUUACUUCUUGUUCGAAUUGGAAAUUCGAUAAUGAUAAUAUUUGAAUUAAUUUCGCUGUGUU